AGUCACUUUCUGGUUCCUUCCACUUUGAAAGCCAUCGUUAGUGCCAACUAUAUCUCUCUAAGCAUAAGAUUGAUAAACACAGUCCUCCCUCAGAAUAUCUUCAUAUUGUGAUGAGCCUGAAAAACGCGAAGAGGACAAUGAGGAACGGUUUCAUGUGCCCCUCUGAGGCAUCAACAGCAGUUUGGUCUGUGGUUGUGCCUCGGAGUAGGAGUAAGAUACAUAAAAGAAGUGUUUCUCUGGAUGAUACAAGGUUGUUCAACUGUUCCAGCUACUCCAAACUUGUUCACUCUGCCACUGCCACCUUCAAUUCAGCAGCUCACAAGAAAUGUGACUCUCUCUCUUCAGCAAACAUCCAGCAGAGUAGCCAAGAUCAAGACAAUGGAUCAAGCCAACUUCACAAAACGACAGCAGAUCAUGUCUUCCAGGUGGUUGUGAUGAAGGUCUCUAUUCACUGUGAAGGAUGCGCUGGUAAAGUGAAAAAGCAUCUGUCUAAGAUGGAAGGAGUCACAUCAUUCAGUGUAGACGUGGAGUCGAAGAGGGUGACAGUGAUGGGAUACGUUUCUCCGGUGGGAGUUCUUCAGAGCAUUUCUAAGGUCAAGAGGGCUGAGUUCUGGAAUUGUUAGAGCCACUGCACUAAUGUUCCAAAUUUUUCUUGCUUUUACCACUGCAACAUUUCAUGUUUGUGCUUAGAUUCAUGUUGGAUGACUUGGUAUCACGUUAAAAAUAUCAACUUUUUUUAUUUCAA